UAUAGGCCCACACGAAAACAAGUGUUGGUCUUCCCUUUUUUUGGCCCCAAGUUUUUAGGGGAACGGAUUGAGGAUUUCGCCUGAAAUUUGGCAAGGAUUAUCUUGGAUAUAUCAUCUAUCUUCUGAGGUGGACAUUUUAACAAACAGCCAUGCCGGUGUUCCACACGAAGACCAUAGAAGGGAUCCUUCUACCCGUGGCCCAGCAGGUGUCGAAGCUUGUGAUCCUUCAUCAGGAGGCUGAAGAUGGCAACGCCAUGCCAGAUCUCACCAAGCCGGUCGGAGGGGUUGCUGAUGCGGUCAACAAUCUCGUCAUUAUUGGAAAAGAGACAACAAUUUCGACCACUGAUGAGGUACUGAAGAAGGACAUGCCGAUUGCCUUGAACCGAGUCCAGGAUGCAUCACAGUUCCUCAAGGAGGCAGCUUACAUGCUGAAGGAUGACCCAUUCUCUCAGCCAGCUAGGGCAAAACUUAUCGAAGGAUCCAGAGGUAUUCUCCAGGGUACUUCAGCGUUACUGCUUGCCCUUGACCAGAGCGAGGUCAGGAGGAUCCUGCGAAGAUGCAAAAAUGUUCAGGCGUAUCUUGCUAUCACAGAGGUGGUGGAAACCAUGGACGAUUUACUCGGCUUUGUUCAGAAUCUCACCCCUCUCCUGACAUCCUUGACGAAAGAAGUGGACACAAGACAGCAGGAGUUGACACACCAGGUUCAUCGUGACAUGUUGUUGCACUCCCUUGACGAGGUCAAAUCACUGACACCUAUUGUUAUCAGCAGUAUUAAAACAUGCGUUAACACAUUUGAAAGUGGUGGCAUUGGCCUUCAAGAAGCCCAGGAAAAUAGAAACUACGUUGUGAAUAAGAUGAUGCUGGAAAUUGGAGAAAUUGAGCGAGUUCUACAGCUGACGACCUACGAUGAGGACGAGUGGGACUCUGAUGACAUCACAAUCAUGAAGAGGGCUACAACACGAUUGGAAACAAACACUGUGUCUGCCAAUGAGUGGUUGGCCAAUCCUGCCUUAGACGAAGCCAAUAUCGGUGCCUUGGCGCUCCGUCAGAUUAUAGAUGAUGCGAGGAAAGUCGCCGAUCGGUGCGUCGACCCUGUGAUGAGGGAUACGAUGUUGCGGAAUAUCGCGAAUAUUGAGACGAUGACUAAGCAACUUUGUGAACUGCGAAAGAGAGGGCAGGGUAAUUCACCAGCAGCGAGGGAGUUAGCCCAGAACCUUGGCAUGGCCUUGGAACGGUUGAAUGCCGAUUGUGUUGGCAUCGUGGACAAGGCAGAGAAGCUUGGUGUCAUCCGACCAGCUCACACGAUCGCUGGGAAAAUCGAUCAGGCGCAGCGUUGGAUCAGCUCCCCGCAGGUUGAUGACAAGGGAGUAGACAGCGCCGAACGCAUCGCACAGCAGUACCAUCUGAUGCAGACUGUUGAUGCGUGUUCUGCCGACCUACUCUCGCUAGCGGGACUGAAACUAGGAGAGCAAGCUGCGCGUAUGGUGGUCACUGAAGGUCGUAAGGUCGCUGACACCCUCCCUGAACCAAUGAGGACAAACCUCACGAAACUAUGUGACAACGUCGAAUCGUUGACUGGGAGGCUUGCAGACUUCUGCCGAAGGGGUCAGGGCAAUUCUCCCGAGGCCCGCCAGGUCGCCCAGGCCCUGUCUCAAAAGCUCCACGCAUUGAAGGACUUGAUCCAGGAUGGACUCGUCGGGCAGGUUGUCGAGGAGUUUGCCGACAUUGAGAUGCCCAUCCGCAGGUUACAGAAGGCUGCUUUUGCUCCACUUGGCACACCAAACAGGGAUUUUGAAUUUGAAGACAACGCCAUCAAGUUUAUCAACCACUCCAAGAACCUGGCAACAAUCGGCCGAAUGGUCGCCGCAGCAGGAUGUAAUAACAAGAAGCUGUGGGAAACGAUCAUGACUCAUACUCAGCAAGCAACCGAUCUGACCCCACAGGUCGUCCAUGCGGCCAAGAUCUGCUUGGCACGGCCAGAGAGCCAGGCUGUGAGAGAACAUUUCGAAUUGCUGAAGAAGGUUUGGGUAUCAAACAUGGAGCAUCUUCGGAGUCUUGUGGAUGAGGCGAUUGAUACGGCUUCUUUCAUCAAGGCUUCAGAGGAGGGCAUAAUCCGUCAUUCUGAGAAAUGCGAACAUGCCAUUACUGAUAUGAAUGGUCCUGCUUUUGUUGAUAAUACGUCGAGGAUCGCACGAUGUGCUAAUCGUUGUGUUCAAGUUGCCGCUCAUGAGGCGACCAGUAACGAGGAUCCGAAGUUUGUGGAGAGAGUCAAUGAUGCGGUCACUAUGCUGAAAUCAACCAUCCCCCCGAUGCUGAUGGAUUCUAAAGCAGUAGCAACAAACCCCGGCGAACAGAUGGCUGUAGGAAGGUGGAAAAACUCUAAUCAAGCUUUGAUCACUGCUGUAGGCAAAGUUCACCAUGCUGUUGUCGUCUACCCUCCUGGUUACUCCUCUCAGCAUGAUGGCUACCAGGGCCAUGGGGGCUACCAAGGCCAUGGCAACGUACCCAAUGCCCCUGAUAUCGGCGGCUUAAACAUCUCAGAUCUGCCAGAUUUUGACGAGAUAGCUCGCCACAUGGAACCACUGGUGGAAGCUUCCCCACAACAGUCGAGCCAGCUCCAUGCAUCGCCCUCUGGAUAUGGCAGUAUGGGACGUGGGGGACCGGAAUACUCUGACUUCCGUUACACACCAGGUGGCGAUAGCCAUGGUGCUGCGACGUCCCCAGGGGCCUAUGACCCGUCAGGUUACACAUCUGACGGCUCCUUGCAGAGGCAGAAGGCGCAAGGGACGUAUGGUGCUCCUGGGGUGAGGAUUCCUGUCCAACACGCCUCCCCUGCCACAAGUCCAUCCCCGAGGAGUCAUGGUCAUCUGGACUCCUCCUUCAGUCCCUCUGGUGCUAGCUCUAGCAGCAAUGAUCCAUUAAUGGCCGAGCACCUGGAGAGCUCCCUCUAUGGUGGCAACCAGAACUACCAGUAUGGCCGAGAAUCUGGUCCACCGCGUCCACCACUACCACGGGAGGAUGCCGCACCACCGCGCCCGCCACCACCAGAGACGGAUGAUGAGGAUGACUUCACGAUGCCUAUUCCCCAGUCUAAUCAACCUAUUAUGAUGGCAGCUCAUGCCCUUCACAUGGAGGCAAAGCAGUGGUCCAGCAAGGACAACGACCUGAUUGCAGCAGCCAAGAAGAUGGCUCGUUUGAUGGCCAGGCUUAGUGAGCUGGUGAGAGGUGAAGGAGGCGUGAACAACAAGAAGGAACUCAUCUUGACUGCGAAGGCCAUUGCCGAGGCAUCGGUUGAGGUAACAAGACUCGCCAAGGAGGUCGGGGUUGAGUGUACUGACAGGAGGAUGAGACUGGCCCUCCUCCAAGUGUGUGAGAGAAUCCCCACGAUAGGAACACAGCUCAAUAUCUUGUCAACAGUAAAGGCCACCAUGCUCGGUGCUCAGGAACCUAUCCCAACCCCUGAUGGAAGCGAAAUAAAUUGCGGUUCAGAGGAAGAUCAAGAGGCAACAGACAUGCUGGUCGGCAAUGCUCAGAAUCUCAUGCAGUCAGUGAGAGAGACUGUGAGAGCUGCAGAGGCUGCUUCAAUCCGUAUCCGUGUGGAUAGUGGAUACACCAUUCGCUGGAUACGCAAGAGGCCGUGGUAUACAUAAACUCUUCAAAAUCGGUGCUCUCUGGUUGCUAUAGAGUGAAGGCUGUUGCUAGGCAACUGGGACAAGAUAACCACGGUGACCAAUUGUUACAUAUUGGUUGCUAUGCUAGAUAUCUAGUAACUGGUUCUAGUAAAUUGAACCUCGGUUAGUUUGCCAGGAAACCAGUUGCCAUGGAAACCAACUGUAGUAGUUGCUAUGGUUAUAGGGUCUUCUGGCAAUCUUUGCUGGUGCCAAAAUAAGUAGAAUAUGGUUUCUAUAACGGUUAAGUAAUAUAAUGUAUGGGUACAAUAGGAAUUGAAUAGAACAGAGAUGUUUUUGGUUCUCCAGCAUUUCUUUGAGUGAUGCAUCUUUGAAUCGAAUAUGAUAGUAGGAGCCACAACCCUACUCCGUAUGCUUGGUAACGGAUGAGAGACAGCUUCAGUUUCUCUGAAAAGGAAACAUGGAAAGCUCCUGAAAACACUCUGCUUAGAACAGGAAAACUGUCUCCAAUCAAGUUUACCAAGUAGCAUUCACUCAUCUAGCCACAACCCAUGGUUGGGUUGCUGCAGGUUGCUUGCAUUUUUAUUCAGAUUUGGAUUUCUGGUCUUCCCUAACCUGCAAAUUUGUAGGUCUCUACCUCUUAGUUUAGCCUUUCCAUACUUUAAUCAUGAAUCAAAACUAGAACAAUGUGUGUUCUAAAAUUGUAUUAUUAUUGUAGUAAUAUUUUGUACAUACAAAAAGUAGUCAAUUUGAUGUACCUGGGUUCUCUCUCGAGCAGAAUGCUCCCCACAGCCUUAUGUGAUGUGUGUCUUUGUUGGCAGAAUUCAUAGGCCCUGUGUUAAUUCUUAGUGAUCAAGUUUGUUUCGAAAUAUGGCUCGUAAUUUCUUUGAGGCCUAAAGUGGCCGUAUACAGUAUAAAGUAUAGAUUAGAUUCUCUAAUCCAUACUUGGUACAGUAUGUAAUGAAAUCCAGUAGCUAUAAUAUUGUUGGUGUUCAUGUGCAUGUCAUGUUAUGGUCUGUUAUAGUCCCGGUUAAAGUUGAUGAAGAAAUUUGUGUAUAGCGUAUUCAGCCAAUUGCAUGUACAUGUAGUCUACAUAUAUGUUGUUAGGAUUUAGUUAUUAAUGGAAACAUGAGUUUCUUCCAGUAUAGAGUCUGGACAUACUUUGGUCACAAGUGGUUGGAUGGCCUGUCCUAAUAAAUUAUUUCACAGGUUAGGAUCUUCUCAAUGUGGUAUGGGCCAUCAUUCACCAAGAUAGACUAGAUAUGCUCACUGAAGAAGGUCUUCCUUCUUCUGGUCUACUUGCCUGACGGGUACCAGGUCACUUACAUAGGUGGACAAGCUGCUAAAUCAUGUCCUCAUUGGACAGGCCCGAGUGGUACAAGGCCACCUGGAGUGACCUUUUCCUCUUAUUAAUCCUUAUUUGAAAAUAUACAGAUGGUAUGACAUAUGGCCUGAAAAGUAUGAGGGUUGGAAAAUAUCAGAUAUUCUUUAAAUUCUUUAGGACUUUACCUGUGAUUUAGAAUUUCAAGCCUCUCCCAUGGGCCAGAGACGAAAUUUCAAAUCAGAGGUGUAUUUCUCCUUUGUCUACUAGACCUUGCAUGUACAUUUUCUAACCCAUAUACAAUUAACAAUAGUGGAAAUGAUAAUUUACUACUUUAUACACUAUAAUAGAUAUUAUGCCUUAUUACUGUUCUUAAUAUAUUAGAGGUUGACUUUUUGUUCCAAACAUGACAGAUGUGGACACAUUUUACAAGAACUGAGAAAUAAAGAAAAAAAUUUUAUUCACUGAGUAA